AUGGCAGAUAUCGGCGUUGCACCUGACCAGAUGACCAUGUGUGAAAGAGCAGCCAUGGGUUCGGAUGCGAGAGCAGGUCAAGGGGAAACGAGCGGGGAAGCAGAGGAGGUAGUAGUAGGAGGGGGAGGGUUACCAGCAGCUAGGGGUGUUAUGCAAGGGGUGGGUGGAACAAACUCGUCCCUCCGACGCGUGGGCGUCCCCUCACAGCCCAGCAGGGAGGAGGAGAGGGAGCGGCGCCUGAGGCAGCACGUGCUGGCGCUAGCAGAGGCGCACGCAGUGGGGGACUGGACGCUGGUGCGGCGGUGGGGGAAGAAGGUGCGGGGGGAGGCGAGUGCGGAGGGGGAUGCGGGGCAGCGCGUGGCAUGGUACAUGGUGCAGGCUCUGGAGGCCAGGGCGGAUGGCACUGCUGCUGUCAAGUGGCGCGAGCCGAUCGAGUUCCCAGUCAAGGCUCUGGAGGCGAGGGCGGACGGCACUGCUGCUGUCAAGUGGCGCGUGCCGAUCGAGUUUCCAGUCAAGUGGGCCUCUCUCCUCUGCCGCAUCGCCACUGCCUGUGGCUUCCCUGCUGCUGCCGCUGCUGCUGGUGCUGCUUCUGCUUCUGCUGCCGCGUCUCCUCCUAUUGAAAAUACCGCCAUGAUCGCGUCUGCUGCUGCUUUGACUGCCGGUGCGCAUGCAGUGCUGUUUGCAGGGCUGGAAAGGGAAGCUGCAGAGAAGGGGGGCACCGCACAGCACCACCACCACCAGCAACAGCAUCAUCACCAGCAGCAGCAGCAGCAGCAGCAGCACCACCACCACCACCCCCACCCGCCCUUGCCCCCGCCGCUCUCCAUCCGCGUGACAGGUAUCAAUGGCGGCACGGUCCACCUCGAUUCCACCUUCAGCGCCUCCACCUUCGGCCACCAGUUCUUCAGGCAGCUCGCAAAAGUUUUGGGGCUGCCCGUGACGUUUGAGAUGGUGGAUGUGCCUCUGGAGUCACUCCAUCCGGGCAUGGUGAAGGUUCAGCCGGGGGAGGAGGUGGUGGUGAUCUCCCUCUGGACGCUCAUGCUCUUUCCAGAUGAUUCCGUUCUCAGACACAACCCACGAGAUGCCGUGCUCAAGUGGAUCCAGGCACUCAAGCCCCGCCUGGUGCUCCUAGCAGAGGUAGACGCGGCCCUCAACGGCCCCUUCUUCCUCGCCCGCGUGCGCGAAACCUUCCGAUCCAUGCUUGCUUUCAUCUCAGCCGUCCAUGCCACCAUGCCCGAUUCCGCGAUCUCGCCCGUCCGUUUCAUCUGGGAGACGCUGCUGUUCCGUGAGCUCAUCAACUGCGUCGGAUGCGAGGGGAUCCAACGGCUGAUACGCGCCGAGAGGCUGGAGCAGUGGCAGGAGCGGAUGGGGAGGUUAGGGUUUGAGGAGGUGGGGCUGGGGAGGGAGGCAUUGGCUGCUAUGAGGGAGACAACGGAGGGGAGGGAUGGGAGAUUUGAAGUGGUGUCGGUGGGGGGUGCUGCGAGGCUCAUGUGGAAAGGGCAGCCGGUGCUGGCUGUGUCUGAUUGGAGGUGA